AUGAAAGGCGGUGAGGAAGAAAUUCUUUGGUUUGGAAGGCGGUGGAGCAGCUAUAAAGUGCCGGUGUUGCUACAUAAUGGAAAACCGAUCUCGGAGUCUCUUGUGAUCGUUGAGUACAUCGACGAUGUCUGGAAAGGAGUGCCGAUUUUGCCUCAGGAUCCUUAUGAGAGAGCUAUUGCUCGAUUUUUGGCGAAAUUCAUUGAUGAAAAGUGUAUCCCUGUGAUUAAGGCUGUUGGUAGCAAUGGGGAUGAGAAGGCUAUCGCAGAAGCUUGUGAGCAACUUCAAAUACUAGAAAGCCAACUCAAAGUCAAAGGUACCAAGUUCUUUGGAGGCGACAACAUUGGUCUGGUUGAUAUUGCAGCUGAUUUCAUAGCUUAUUGGCAUGCAAUAAGGGAAGAAGCAGCUGGAAUAAAGUUCUUCACUGAAGACAAGUUUCCAAAACUGACCAAAUGGGCUGAUGAUUUCGUUAACAGUGAGGCUGUGAAGAAUACGUUGCCACCACGUGAACAGAUGCUUGCAUUUUACUUGAAGUUUUUCGGAAAGGCUAAUGGUAUGUGA